GACUGGGCGGGCCCGGCGCGGCACCGGGGCACGAUGGCCCGAGCGGGCGGCUGAGCGCGAGCGCCACAUCGUUCGCCGCCGCGGGCCGCCGGCUCACCGAGCCCUCGCCAGCAUAGCGCGCCGGCGUCGGGCCAUGUACUCGGGGAACCGCAGCGGCGGCCAGGGAUAUUGGGAGGACGGGGCGGGCGCCGAGGACGCAGCGCCUGCGGGCACACGAAGCCCGGCGCCGCUCUUCAGCCCCACGGCGUACGAGCGCCUGGCGCUGCUGCUUGGCGGCCUCGCGCUGCUGGGCGUCGGCGGCAACCUGCUGGUGCUGCUGCUCUACUCCAAGUUUCCGCGGCUGCGCACGCCCACCCACCUCUUCCUGGUCAACCUCAGCCUGGGCGACCUGCUGGGGUCCCUGUUCGGCGUCACCUUCACCUUCGCGUCGUGCCUGCGGAACGGCUGGGUGUGGGACGCUGUGGGCUGCGCGUGGGACGGGUUUAGCGGCAGCCUCUUCGGGUUUGUCUCCAUUACCACCCUCACUGUGCUGGCCUAUGAACGUUAUAUCCGUGUGGUACAUUCCAGAGUGAUCAACUUCUCCUGGGCCUGGAGGGCCAUUACCUAUAUCUGGCUCUACUCCUUGGCAUGGGCAGGAGCACCUCUCCUGGGCUGGAACAGAUACAUCCUGGACGUACAUGGACUGGGCUGUACAGUGGAUUGGAAAUCCAAGGACGCCAACGACUCCUCCUUCGUGCUCUUCUUGUUUCUUGGCUGCCUGGUGGUACCCAUGGGCAUCAUAGGCCAUUGCUAUGGUCACAUUCUGUAUUCCGUUCGAAUGCUACGCUGUGUCGAAGAUCUCCAGACAAUCCAAGUGAUCAAGAUCUUAAGAUAUGAAAAGAAAGUGGCCAAAAUGAGCUUUUUGAUGGCCUUCGUCUUUCUCACCUGCUGGAUGCCUUAUAUCGUGACCCGCUUCUUGGUGGUUAAUGGCUACGGACACCUGGUCACCCCAACCGUGUCUAUUGUUGCUUAUCUCUUUGCUAAAUCGAGCACUGUGUACAAUCCAGUUAUCUAUAUCUUCAUGAUCAGAAAGUUUCGGAGGUCCCUUCUACAGCUCUUGUGCUUCCGACUGCUGAGAUGCCAGCGGCCUGCUAAAAACCUGCCAGCAGCUGAGAGCGAGAUGCAGAUCAGGCCCAUCGUGAUGUCACAGAAAGACGGGGACAGGCCAAAGAAGAAAGUGACCUUUAACUCCUCUUCCAUCAUCUUUAUCAUCACCAGUGAUGACUCCCUGUCUGUCGAUGACAGCGACAGAACCAAUGCGUCCAAGGCCGAUGUCAUCCAAGUUCGUCCUUUGUAAGAAUGGGAGAUGGAGUCCUGUAUCCAUUGCCACACAUCUAUACUAAGGACUGCCCUGGAGUCCUCACUUGGCACAGUAACAGCACAACCUUGUGGCCUGGCAGGAAAUCCGAACUGACUACAUGUUGUCUGUCUUGAAGAACUGACUGAACAAGACACAUUAUUUUUCAUUCAAUGGGUGCUUCACAACAUGAGAAACUCCUGGUGGCACAAGAUGAGCAUCUGGCACCAUCGUCUCCUAUGCCAGGAUUUAACAUUCGAAUGACCAUAUUUGCCAAAGCACAUGAUACAUUUUGUUUCUCCGAUAUAUUUCACUGUGUAAAUAAAUACUGUCUCAUCGACAUGCGUGCAAUGGCUGGGACAUCGGAACUAUGUUACGGUGUUGGGUCCUAUUCUGUGUCAUGCUGUAUGUUUGCCCAAUUCAAUUGAUUAAGGAGGUAAUAAAUCAA